CUGGGGGACAUCGCGAGCCGAAAGAGGAAGUUUGACCCGCUCGACUCGCCGUCUUAACCGGCGGCCAUCUUGUGAGCGGUUGUGGGGAUAGUAACGGCCGCAGGCGGUGGUUGCAGCUGCGCUUUCCAGGCGGUAGGCCUUUCUCGCCCGGUGGGUGUUUCUGGUGGUCCGGUUGUGGGAGCCAUGUCUGCGGAGAACCUGGAGCCCGCUUCGGCAGAGGAGCAGAAGGAAAUGGAGGACAAGGUGAUUAGUCCUGAGAAAGCUGAAGAAGCAAAAUUGAAAGCCAGAUACCCUCAUCUGGGCCAGAAGCCUGGGGGCUCAGAUUUUUUGAGGAAGCGGCUUCAGAAAGGACAAAAGUACUUUGAUUCUGGGGAUUACAAUAUGGCAAAAGCAAAGAUGAAGAACAAGCAGCUUCCUACUGCAGCUCCUGACAAGACUGAAGUCACAGGUGACCACAUUCCUACUCCACAGGAUCUUCCACAGCGGAAACCAUCUCUUGUUGCUAGCAAGCUGGCUGGCUGACUAGACCGGCAGAACUGCAUGACACUUCUUAUCCCCUUACUCUUCCCUUAAGUCUAUUUCCUCACAGUUUUGUUUCCUCUAAGUCAUUGACUGACUGCUUGGCAGGUAGUGGUAGCGUGUGCUGCUAUUGUUAAGAGUCCAGUUAAGAAUUGUGUAGUCCUUGGAUGAGUUGAGAACAAUGCACUGAUUUUUUUAACAAAGGACAUGUUUUGUUAGAGCAAUGUAAAGUAAUCUACUUGAAAAAUGUACAUAUUACCUGUCAGCUAGUGUAGGGCUGGUUCCAGCAAGUGACAUAGCAAGUUUGAAAUUUUUUAAUGUUUUGGCGUUCCUUAGUUCACUUUAAUUAUAGUGUAGUAUGUUUGUAUCAAAUACAAGGUCUUUUUUUUUUCUUGUGUUUUGGUUUUGUAAAGUAGAGGUUUUAGACAGUAAGUUGCUAGAAGGUAAAGGAUGUAUUAAAAAUGAUGGGGCUCUCACUUAA